AUGGCGUCGGCCUCCGGGACGUCGGCGGCCGGGUUUUCAUCCGUGGAGCCCGGGGCUGCUUCCGGCACCUCGUCCUCAGCUUCUGGGAACAAGAGAGCCAUGCCAUCUGAGGUGUCUUAUGCCCCUGGCACGUCCAUCAAGAAAAUAGGCCACAGAGGUGUUGAUUCCUCAGGAGAGACGACGUAUAAAAAGACAACCUCAUCAGCCUUGAAGGGUGCCAUUCAGUUAGGCAUUACUCACACUGUGGGGAGCCUGAGUACCAAACCAGAGCGCGAUGUCCUCAUGCAAGACUUUUACGUGGUGGAGAGUAUCUUCUUCCCCAGUGAAGGGAGCAACCUGACCCCUGCUCAUCACUACAAUGACUUUCGGUUCAAGACCUAUGCACCUGUUGCUUUCCGCUACUUUCGAGAAUUAUUUGGUAUCCGGCCUGAUGAUUACUUGUAUUCCCUCUGCAGUGAGCCGCUGAUUGAACUGUGCAACUCUGGGGCUAGUGGUUCCCUCUUCUACGUGUCCAGUGAUGACGAAUUCAUCAUUAAAACAGUCCAGCAUAAAGAGGCGGAGUUUCUGCAGAAGCUGCUUCCAGGAUACUACAUGAACCUCAACCAGAACCCUCGGACUUUGCUGCCUAAAUUCUAUGGACUGUACUGUGUGCAGGCAGGUGGUAAGAAUAUUCGAAUUGUGGUAAUGAAUAACCUCUUACCACGGUCCGUUAGGAUGCAUAUCAAAUACGACCUCAAGGGCUCAACCUACAAACGGCGGGCAUCCCAGAAAGAGCGAGAGAAGCCUCUCCCCACCCUUAAAGACCUGGACUUCUUACAAGACAUCCCUGAUGGUCUCUUUUUGGAUGCUGAUAUGUACAAUGCUCUAUGUAAGACCUUGCAGCGUGACUGUUUGGUGCUGCAGAGUUUCAAGAUAAUGGACUAUAGUCUCCUGAUGUCAAUUCAUAACAUAGAUCACGCACAACGAGAACCCUCAGGCCAUGACACACUAUACUCAAUUGAUACACGCAAACCAGCUCCCCAAAAGGCGCUCUAUUCCACAGCCAUGGAAUCUAUCCAGGGCGAGGCUCGGAGAGGCGGCACUGUGGAGACUGAAGACCAUAUGGGUGGCAUCCCUGCCCGGAAUAGUAAAGGGGAAAGGCUGCUGCUUUAUAUCGGGAUCAUUGACAUUCUGCAGUCUUACAGGUUUGUUAAGAAGUUGGAGCACUCUUGGAAAGCACUGGUACAUGAUGGGGACACCGUAUCGGUGCAUCGCCCAGGCUUCUACGCUGAACGGUUCCAGCGCUUCAUGUGCAACACAGUGUUCAAGAAGAUCCCCUUGAAGCCCUCUCCUUCCAAAAAGUUUCGGUCUGGCUCAUCUUUCUCUCGGCGAGGAGCCCCCAGCGGCAACUCCUGCGUUACUUACCAGCCAUCGGUCUCUGGGGAACACAAGGCACAAGUGACAACAAAGGCGGAAGUGGAGCCAGGCGUCCACUUCGGUCGUCCUGAUGUUUUACCUCAGACUCCACCUUUGGAGAAAAUCAGUGAGGUCUCCACUAUUCCUGACCCCUGCUUUUCACCUGUAGUUGGAGAGACUUUGCCAAUGUUAUCUACAAGUGCAACCCUCUUGGAAAAGCUUGAAAUUGAAGAGUCAGAGUUCGCCCAUUGA